AUGGCGUCCCUUCUGCGAUUGUCGUCCGGUCUGGCGCAAAAGCUCUUUGGGAAUCAGUUGGCAAAAAUAACAUGUCUUGGAACACAGCAAGACCAAAGCUUUCAUUUCAGAAUCCAUGGCCGCAACACUGACGCUAAACAUUCUGCAUCUGCACAGAUUUCACGGGACUAUCCUGUCAUUGAUCACACCUAUGAUGCUGUUGUGGUGGGUGCUGGUGGCUCUGGUCUACGAGCAGCAUUUGGCUUGGCCAAUGAAGGUUUCAAAACUGCUUGUGUCACUAAAUUAUUUCCAACACGGUCACACACUGUUGCUGCCCAGGGAGGAAUCAAUGCAGCACUUGGAAACAUGGAAGAAGAUGAUUGGCGCUACCAUUUCUAUGAUACAGUGAAAGGAUCUGAUUGGCUUGGAGACCAGGACGCAAUCAGCUACAUGUGUGAAGAAGCCCCCAAAGCUGUUAUUGAGCUAGAGAAUUAUGGGAUGCCAUUCAGUCGACUGGAGAAUGGACGUAUUUACCAGCGGGCAUUUGGUGGCCAAAGUUUAAAAUAUGGCAAAGGAGGUCAGGCUCAUCGUUGUUGCUGUGUGGCUGACCGUACAGGUCAUUCCCUGUUGCACACUUUAUAUGGACGUUCAUUAAUGUAUGAGACACAGUACUUCAUUGAAUACUUUGCUUUGGAUCUUAUAAUGGAAGAUGGGGAGUGCCGAGGUGUAAUUGCCCUCUGCUUAGAAGAUGGAUCAAUCCACAGAAUUCGAGCUAAAAACACUGUCAUUUCCACUGGGGGUUAUGGUCGUACCUAUUUUUCCUGUACCUCUGCUCACACCUGCACAGGUGAUGGUACAGCAAUGAUCAGCAGAGCUGGCCUUGGCAAUGAAGACCUGGAAUUUGUUCAAUUCCAUCCAACAGGUAUCUAUGGAGCUGGCUGUCUUAUAACUGAAGGUUGCCGAGGAGAAGGAGGCUAUCUUCUCAACUCUGAAGGUGAACGUUUUAUGGAACGUUAUGCUCCUAAUGCAAAGGAUUUGGCUUCUCGAGAUGUUGUUUCCAGAGCCAUGACUAUUGAAAUCAGAGAAGGCAGGGGUGUUGGGCCUGAAAAAGAUCAUGUCUAUCUGCAGUUGUCACAUCUGCCUGCAGAUGUGCUCAAAUCUCGUCUGCCUGGAAUCUCCGAGACAGCUAUGAUUUUUGCUGGUGUGGAUGUAACUCGGGAACCCAUCCCCGUACUUCCUACUGUACAUUACAACAUGGGUGGUAUACCUACUAACUACAAGGGACAAGUAAUCAAGUACACUCAUGAGAAAGGAGAUGAAGUUAUACCUGGUCUCUAUGCCUCAGGAGAGUCUGCUUGUGCUUCUGUCCACGGGGCUAAUCGUCUGGGUGCAAAUUCUCUCUUGGAUUUGGUUGUCUUUGGAAGAGCGUGUGCUAAUACAAUUGCUCAGGAAAACAGACCAGGUGAUCCAAUUGGUGAAAUAUCACAGAAUGCAGGUGAAGAAUCUGUUGCUAAUCUUGAUCGGCUGCGAUAUGCCAAUGGAAGUGUCUCUACAGCAGAAUUACGACUGAAAAUGCAAAAGGCCAUGCAAAACCAUGCAGCUGUAUUCCGAGAAGGGCAUACUUUAAAGAAAGGCUGUGAACUGAUGUCUGAAAUUUAUUCCCAGUUAGAAGAUCUGAAGGUUUCUGACCGUGGCUUAGUUUGGAACACAGAUUUAAUUGAAUCUCUUGAAUUACAAAAUUUGAUGAUCAAUGCAAUGCAAACUAUUUAUUCGGCUGAAAAUCGAAAAGAAUCAAGAGGUGCCCAUGCACGUGAAGAUUACCAGAAACGUAUUGAUGAAUAUGACUACAGCAAACCAUUGGAAGGCCAAGUGAAGAAGCCAAUAGAAGAACAUUGGAGAAAACACACAAUUAGUGAUAUUGAUAUCAAGACAGGAAAAGUCAGAUUGUCCGUAUGUUGUACCUGCUGUCCGAUCAUAUUAACCUCAGCUAGUUCAAUGCCUCUUCCUUUGCCUGUGUGCUACUUCCUAAAUGAAGUCCAUUAUUCUGAAGAAUAA